UUGAAACUUUUUCACUUUUAAAGUUUGAUGUUAUGUUUGAUGUCCUGGCUUUUGAUUGAUGUUGACGUUCCCAAUUCAGUACCAAUACCUGAUCACACAAAACAAAGCCGCUUCAACAUUGAUUCUAAAAGACAAAGUAAGCUAAGACGAAUUUUAUUCAACAAUGACAUCAUCUUCCCCACCCUCGAUGCAGUUUUCGGACCAAACGCAGCCUUUUGAAGACGAUGCCUCCUGGGGAUCAGUGGACGCCAUCGAAGAUCUCCUGGCAGACGACCUCAUGAUUUCAUUCGACAAAGACCUGAUCAAAGAUUCUUGUGGCAUUGAUGACGACGAUUCAAUCCAAGGUCUUCUCGAACAACGCCCGAAUCUUACCCAUGAAGAUCCCGUGACGACAUCAAUCUUUUCUCCCGACAAGCAAAUCCCAACGAUCGCCGCAACAGUAUCGCACGGAUCAAGUUUCGACAACGAAGAGGAGCCAGCGGUUCUAAUGGAAGACGAUAUUCAAACCCUGCUGAAAAGCGACAUUAUGGACGACAACAUCACGACAUUCCGCCCCAAACAAACGAAAACCCCCGCUUUGAUCGAGGAACCACGAGCAACAGAAUAUCCCGUAGGAGCUGCUGCACAGCCACCGUUACCGGUGGAAGACUCUAUCCAUCGCAUCCUUCUAUACCUUCAUUACAACGAACAUGAUCGCACUCUUGUGCAUCACGCCCAAACUAUUGUCCAGACUUGUAUCGCCAAGCAUCAAAAGCGCACCAAGAAUCCUCGUUCCUCCCUCAAGGACUUGUCAGGCAAGAUAUUCGAAGGAUGGGUCAAUCUAUUCGGCGGGCCUCGAUUUCACGCCUACUAUCGCAAUGCCAUGGCUUUUACUACCCCGUCGCACGACUAUCACUCGUCGCCCGUGCACGAAAUGUAUGGCAGGUACGCUCCAACACAGCACGGACCACACAGCUUGGAGCUCGCCAUUGCCUACGGUAUGCAUCUCGCCCGUUUCCCCCGUGCUUCCGGCCAACAUGUAGCCGACCAGCUUCGGGAGGGCAUGAAGGCCUUCAAUUCCAUGUCGGAAGACGAGCGUCGAAUGUUUUGGGAUUACAUGAUGAACCAGAAUCAGCAGUCUACCUCUGUUUGAACGGACUGCCAGCGAGCUGGAUAGCGAAAGACAAAGAUGGAACUGUCCUCAUAAACAAAGAAGCAUUUUGGGUAGAUUGAAUCAAAAACAUUGCACUGAAUAGACAUAAGCAAACUAAGGGAACAAAUGAACAGAU